AUGGAAUCGAUGGAAAUAAACGGUAAUGCGGAACGGCCGGGGCCAUUAACCGGCAUUCGGGUCGCGGACUUCUCGGUACAUGCCGCCGGCCCCUUUGCCGGUGCGAUGCUGGCUCAAAUGGGAGCUCAGGUAAUAAAGGUCGAAAGCUCGGCGCGACUCGAUAUAACCCGGCGGACCCACACAAUGUACGGCAAGCCGCCUUCAAGUUUCGAACAGAUCAACGCCAACAAGAUGUCGGUUUGCCUCAACCUCAAAGAGCCGAGGGCGGUUGAGUUGGCCUUGGAACUGGUAAGCAUUUCAGAACUGGCCCUGGAGAACUUCCGGCCAGGAGUAAUGCAGAGGCUCGGGCUUGGGUACGAGGCAAUGAAGGAGGUGCGGCCGGAUAUAAUUCUGGUCUCACUGUCCUCAAACGGCCAGACCGGGCCGGAAAGCAACUACGCCGGGUAUGCCCCGAUGUUUUCUGCCCUUGGCGGCUUGGGCCACCUGACCGGCUACGCCGACGGACCGCCUGUUGAGUUGCGCCACGCCAUGGACCACACCGGCGGAAUGCUGGCCGCCUUUGCUGCUGUGGCAGCGCUUUCGGCGCGGCAACGCACCGGCCUCGGCCAGCACGUCGAUGUGUCGGUCCGGGACCUGGCCACGUCAUUCAUCGGACCGGAACUGCUUGACGUGGCGAUGAACUCGCGAGAGCCACAUCGCCAGGGCAAUCGGGACGGUUCAGCGGCUCCGCAGGGCGUCUACCGCUGCAGCGGCGAGGACGAGUGGGUCAGCAUUUCAGUGGCGUCGGAGAUCGAGUGGCAGGGUUUCGUGGCAGCCAUAGGCUCCCCUGGAUGGGCCGCCGGCGACAAGUUCGGUGACGCGUUCCGCCGAUGGAAAAGGCACGACGAGCUGGAUGGGCUCGUAGAGCAAUGGACUAUCCAGCACACCGCAGCCGGGACGACCCAGAUACUGCAGGCACACGGAGUGGCAGCGCACCCGUCGCUGUCGCCGGAGGCAAUUGUCCGAGACACGCACCUGCUGGCCCGGGAGGCGUUCCCCAUGGUGUACAACGACGAGACUGGCGAGCAGCAGAGGGCAGUCGCUCCUCCCUGGAGGUUGACCGUGGCCAAGAAAGGUACAGGACUCAUGAUCGUGUGGGCUGACAUUCCAGCAGAAAUGGAAGACGACUUCAAUAGCUGGUAUAACGAGGAACACCUCGCCGAAUUGCUGUCUGUGCCCGGAGUGCUGAACGCUGCCCGUUACGAGGCGACCAGCAGUGGCCCCAACCACAUGGCGGUCUACGAACUGGAAAGCCCGGCCGUAGUUGAAAGCGAUGCUUUCAAGAACCGCCCCCGCACCGAAUGGGGCAAGCGGGUGAGUCCCAGCCUCAUCGGCACCAACUUUAUGAACAACGUAUACGAGAUGAUCCACCCGUCGGCGCUCUCCGACGGCAUUGCCAACAGCGACAUGGCACCCGCGUUGCAGAUUGGCCGUAUGGACGUUCCCGCAGCCAACGACGCUGAAUGGAACGACUGGUACUCCGGAGUAUAUGUUCCCAACUACGAGAAGGUGCCCGGCUGCAUCAGGGGCCGCCGCUGGAAGGCUGUCCGCGGAGCCCCGUCCUAUGCCACCGUCUACGAGUUUGAGGACGAAAACGUUUCCCAGACGGCCGAGUGGCUGCGGCAGCGGGACAUCCACGCCGACAACCAGCGAAUGCGGGACAUAAUGACCCACGCCGCGGGUUCACCCGGGAUCUGGCAGAAGACCUUCCAGCUGUAG